AUGGCGCCCGCCCUGCCGCGGCUGCUGAGCGCGGGUGCGUGGCCCCGGCCGCUCGGGCUGCACGUCCUCCGGGCGGCGACCCCGGGGCCCGCCGGGCCGCGCGGCAGGACGCUGGGGAGCGCCGCGCCCGCCGCCCAGAGCGAGCCCGCGGGCGGCGGCGGCCUGGCAGACCCCCGGGACCGCGUCCUCAGCGAGCCCCUCCGGCACCCGGACUUCUUCAGCGUCCGGGAGCUGUUCUCCGUGCGCAGCCUCUUCGACGCCCGCGUGCACCUGGGCCACAAGGCCGGCUGCCGGCACAGGUUCAUGGAGCCCUACAUCUUCGGGAGCCGCCUGGGCCAGGACAUCAUCGACCUGGAGCAGACGGCGGCGCACCUGCAGCUGGCCUUGAACUUCACGGCUCACGUGGCCUUCCGCGGGGGCAUCAUCCUGUUUGUGAGCCGCCACCGGCAGUUCUGCCACCUGGUGGAGAACACGGCCCGCGACUGCGGGGAGUACGCCCACACCCGCUACUUCAAGGGCGGCCUGCUGACCAACGCGCCGCUGCUGCUGGGCCCCGGCGCGCGCCUGCCCGACCUCGUGGUCUUCCUGCACACGCUCAACAACGUGUUCGAGCCCCACGUGGCCGUGCGCGACGCCGCCAAGAUGAACAUCCCCACCGUGGGCGUCGUGGACACCAACUGCAACCCCUGCCUGCUCACCUACCCCGUGCCCGGCAACGACGACUCGCCGCCCGCCGUCGAGCUCUUCUGCCGGCUCUUCCGCACCGCGGUCCGCCGCGCCAAGGACAAGCGCCGGCAGGUAGAGGCCCUGUACCGGCUGCAGGGCCGGGAGGGGCCCUCCGCUGUGACCGGUCCCCCCUCCUGA